AUGGGUAACGGAAACAGUCGUCGCUAUUACAACGAGGACGAAGAAGUCCCCAAAAAGGUGGCCAAAUGGCUGGCAGAAUUGGAUCACGUUCGAGAAUUGAAUCAAAUGCUCAGUGAAGAACGCAAGAUCAUUACCAGCAGCAUGGAACAAGAACUCUAUGACAAGCAGGUCGAAUUGUUUUAUCUCGGCAAAUCGGCCACCAAACACAUUGGAUUUCGAGGUUACUUGCGAAUCAUCAACAAGGUGUCCCCACGGACGCAGGCAGAUUUUAUGAAACCGGACGAUUACGACGCGUCGAAACCACCACCGACCAAGUCCACGGCGAUGGUAUUGCGAUCCGCCAUUUUGAAUUUUUCGCUCUUUGCCAUGUUUGAAGCCUGGUUGUUGAAACGGAUGCACUUUGUGAGCAUUCAAAAGCAUCAGCGUCGAUUGCAUCAAAAGGGAUGGAAGUCCAUUGUGGCCUUUUAUUCAGAAGAAAUUCCAGUCAUUCAAGAAAUCUUUGCCAAACAAGAACCUGCUCUCAGGGAGCGUGUGGAAAUUGGCAAGAAGGAAAAUAUGGAUUUAUUGGAGGAAUACGAAACCAAGAUCUUUCAACAAGAAGAAGAAAUUAUGAGAUUGCGCAAGAAACUGGAAGAAAUGCAACUUGGUGACGGCCACGUUGGUGGUAUUGCCGAAGAAGAAGUAGAAGAAGAAAAGCUACCGAGGAGUAGACCGAGAAUGAGUUUGGACCAGGCCUUUCCAGGAACCACUGACAAGCACCGCGAAUUCAACAAGGCUCGAUCGCCGGUUCAAGCAUUGAUUCGGAAAAUGAACAAGACCAAUUCCAUGAGAGAUAUUGGUGCUCCAGGACUUGAGGGUGACAGCAACGAUAAGCCGCGAACAAAGGGAUGGAGAACGGAUAAUACUCGAACUUGGGGCGCUGAUGAAAGUGAAGAUGAAAGUCUGUACAUGGAGGAGAAGGAGACGGAUGUCUUUAUUGGGGACGACAACGACGAUGACAAGCUCGCUGCAUCGGAAAAGCGGGACUACAAGUCUCCCGCUUCUGACGAAUGGAGCGACAAGUUGAAAGAACCAAAAGGACCUGAAAUCAGUGUCCAAAAUGACAAUGAUGACGCUGUCUCUGCCAUUACCAUGCCCCAUGCGGCAGUCUCGGCCGAUUCCGUUUCGACUGGAGACAGUUUGGACGAUGGUCUCGCUGCCUUGAAAACCAAUUCAUCCUCCAAGGACGAUUACAGUGUCAACUCGGCCAAACACUCGGUCUCGAAUGCCAGUGCUGGAAGUGGCGGUGGUGGUGCCGGUGGAAGCCUUACUAGCUCGCAACGAAAACAAAGCCGUGACAAGGAGGCCAUUCGUUUGGAACGGGAACGAUUAGAAAAGGCCAAGUUGGACCGCAAGCGACGAAAGGAAAUGGAACGAGUGGAGCGAGAAUCAUUCUACAAACAAGAACGUGAACGUUUGCAACAUCAAGAAAAGAGGCUCACCAUGAAACGAGAAGAGUCUAUUCGCAUGCGCCAGGGGCGACUUAUGGACGUGGUCGUGGACGAGAAUGCAGAAGAUAGUGAUGAUGGUAAAAGUAUGGAUGAUAUUCUAGACAUGGAUGACGAGGAACCUCCGGAUGAAUUCAUGGAUGCUCUCGAGGAAGUCGAAGACGAGGUAAAGAAACCACCCUCCGUCAGUAGAUCCUAUGACGAGGAUGACGAAGAUGAGUUACAAGAGAGACCACGCAGGUCAUCGUCUCAUUCCAAGGAAUUUCUCGAUGCAGAGGAAGAUGGAGAUGAUGACGAAGAAGAUGAAGACGUCGUCGGCUUGAACGAUCUGAACCUUGGAGAAGCACCCAAGAAUCGAAACUCAAUGUUUAGCCCAGAGCAUCACCCGUCCAUGGACACUGACGCUCUGCUCAUUCACGAGUCUGAAAAAGUGGAAAAGUUGGAUCGUCGACGAAUGUGGCAAAAGGAUAAAGCCGACAGUGACAGGGAACUGUCUGUUGACGACGACGAUGAUAGUAUCGGAAAUGAGCUGAAACGAUUGGAGGAGUUUGAAACUGCGAUUAAUGCUGAUGACGAGGAAGUUGCAGCGUCCAACAUCUCGGAUGACUUUAAGCUGCUACGAAGCUCGUCAGGACGUGAUCUGAUGGGACCGGAAGAUGGCAGUGGCGGAAGGUCCAGGUCCCGAUCUAGAGGCCGACUGGGCGACUCUCGGUCCCAAUCCAGAGGCCGACUGGGCAACUCCCGAUCUCGAUCCAAACCCAAACUAGGCGCGGGGAGGUCCGCAAGUCUUGGUAAGCGAAGGGUAAAGGCAGCCAAUUCUGACGAUGAAUACGAAGAUUUUGAUAAUUCAAAAGUCCGCUCUGCCUCAAGGGGUCGCACAUCUGAAGCUGUGCCAACGGAUGAUUCCAAACGAUCCAAAUCGUUGAACAAGAAAUCAAGGCGCAAAUUGAAGGAUCAUUUGGAAGCAUCCGAACAAUCUGACGAUGUAUCGGUCUACUCCAAGGGUUCUAAAUCUGGCAAGAAGAAGAAAAAGAAGGCGCGUAGAAAGCUCAAGGGAGCUGAUGGCUCUAGCGUUGUUGAUGGCCAAGAAGAAGUGGUCGUCCGAAAGAGGAGGAAGAAAAAGAAGAAGCCCAAGCAGAAUCCUGAUGAUCUAUCUUCCGACGACGACGAAGACAUGACUGUGACCUCUGCUCUCACCUCUGGCUCUUACGAGUAG